AUGUCUUCAAUGCGGAUGAAGGCAGCCAAAUGUCCUUCGGACGAACUGGCUAUUACCAACUGUGCCCUUGUCAAUCCAGAUGACUUCAACAGUGAUGUAAAGCAUAUUGAAGUGACCACAGGACCAUCACAGCAUUUUGUCUUCAGUAUCAGAUUCUACAGUGGUGUUGAUCGUGGAACUGUGGGCUUUUCUGCUCCACAGAGAAAAUGGGCUACUCUAUCAAUUGGCCAGACAAUUGACGUGAAAAUAUUCAAGCCGCAAAGUGCUGACUGCCUAUGCAGUGUGACCUUGGAGGCUGACUUCAUGUUGAAGAAAACCACGUCUACGGAGCCCUACGACUCAGAACAAAUGGCUCGAGACUUCCUAAUCCAAUUCUCCAAUCAGAUCUUUACGGUUGGGCAGCAGUUAGCUUUCUCGUUCCAGGAGAAGAAAGUCCUGUCAUUGAUAGUGAAAAACCUAGAAGCUGUCGAUGUUCAAGCGUUAGCUGCCGGCGCUAAUGCUGUCCCGCGCCGGGUCAGAAUAGGACGCUUACUGCCUGAUGCCUGCAUUCAGUUUGAUAAGGCUGAGAACUCAUCCCUGAACUUGAUUGGAAAAGCUAAAGGAAAGCAACCACGGCAGUCAAUCAUCAACCCUGACUGGGACUUUGGCAAAAUGGGUAUCGGUGGUCUAGAUAAAGAGUUCAAUGCUAUCUUCCGACGGGCGUUCGCUUCUCGUGUAUUUCCACCAGAAGUUGUGGAGCAGUUAGGUUGCAAACACGUCAAGGGCAUCUUACUCUACGGCCCACCUGGUACCGGUAAGACCCUCAUGGCUCGUCAAAUUGGAAAGAUGUUAAACGCACGCGAACCCAAAAUUGUGAACGGUCCUCAAAUCUUGGACAAAUAUGUUGGCGAGAGUGAGGCCAAUAUUCGACGACUAUUUGCUGAUGCCGAGGAAGAAGAAAAGAGGGCUGGACCAAACAGUGGUCUUCACAUUAUCAUAUUUGACGAAAUCGAUGCCAUUUGCAAAGCGAGAGGCUCUGUUGGUGGGAACACUGGCGUCCACGAUACUGUGGUCAACCAGCUUCUGUCAAAGAUUGAUGGUGUGGACCAACUUAAUAACAUCCUAGUCAUUGGUAUGACCAAUCGUCGGGACAUGAUUGAUGAAGCGCUAAUGCGACCUGGUCGACUUGAAGUUCAAAUGGAAAUCGGCCUACCAGACGAGCAGGGCCGCGUGCAAAUCUUAAAUAUUCAUACUAAACGUAUGAAGGAAUAUAAGAAGAUUGCAGAAGAUGUAGAUUCCAAGGAACUCGGAGCACUAACAAAGAAUUUCUCAGGCGCGGAACUUGAAGGUCUAGUCCGUGCCGCCCAAUCAACUGCCAUGAACCGAUUAAUCAAAGCAUCUAGCAAAGUAGAAGUUGACCCUGAAGCCAUGGAGAAGCUGAUGGUUGAACGUGCCGACUUUUUACACGCGUUAGAGAACGAUAUCAAACCAGCCUUUGGUACGGCCGCUGAGGCGUUGGAACACUUUUUGUCAAGAGGUAUUAUCAACUGGGGCACACCUGUGUCGUCUUUACUCGAAGAUGGUCAGUUGUACAUCCAGCAGGCCCGAGCUACUGAAGCCAGCGGUCUGGUAUCAGUGCUUUUGGAAGGCCCACCUAACAGUGGCAAGACAGCUUUGGCGGCCGAACUGGCGAAGUUGUCUGAUUUCCCCUUCGUCAAAGUGUGCUCGCCUGAAGAUAUGGUCGGCUUUACUGAAACUGCUAAAUGUCUGCAGAUCAGGAAGUAUUUCGACGACGCCUACCGUUCCAGUCUGUCAUGCAUCUUAGUGGACAAUAUCGAACGUCUCCUUGACUACGGUUCAAUCGGGCCUCGGUACUCCAACUUGACUUUGCAAGCGCUGCUGGUAUUGUUGAAGAAACAGCCACCGAAGGGCAGGAAAUUACUUAUCCUUUGCACUAGCAGUCGAAGGCAAGUUUUAGAAGACAUGGAGAUGCUUUCGGCAUUCACGGGAGUUCUACACGUACCGAACCUAUCGUCACCUGAACACGUAAUGGCCGUUCUGGAAGAAAGCGAUGCGUUCUCCAAAAGAGAUCUUCAGAAAAUACAGCAGGAUAUUCGAGGAGCUAAAAUCUUCAUCGGCAUCAAGAAGCUAUUAGCACUUAUCGAUAUGGUGAAACAGACUGACGAAGAGUCUAGAGUAUUCAAAUUCUUGACGAAAAUGCAAGAAGAAGGUGGUUUAGAUCUAGAUCACACUAACUCACAUAACUAUACAUCGAAGGCACAUAUCGCCAAAAUAACCGAAUGCACACCCUGCAACUCCGACCUCAGGAGUUACGAAAUCGAUUACGACGAUAUCAGUGAAUGCAUCGAGUCAUUAAUCGAUAUAAGUCAUAAGAAAGGUAUGACAGCCAAAGGUAACGAAAUAUCACCAUUUAAAAUGCCCCUAAUGAGGAUAAGAAGCGUUGAAAUUGUUUUCGAAGAUGAAAUGUCCACUUGCACAGAUACGGGUAUUUUGGAUAGAAGCAUAGAAUUAAUAGUGUCUGACAGCAGUGACGACUCCACUAAGUGUGUGGAUGACUUGGAACAUUUACAAAUCGAGAGAGAAUCUAAUUAUGACUCGGUGACGUUAAACGCGGACGGCGAUCUAUCUGAUGAUAAUUCAGUUUCCCUAACAAAAGAAGACAUUGCUGAAGAUAUUCUUAAAGUAGAUACUCCCCAAAUAAGUUUUCAAGACGUUGACGACCCUUCAAAUUUCCAAAGCGAAAGCGUAACUUUACCCAUUGAUAUCACAUUGUCACCCAAUGUCUCUGAAUUCGGGGACUCUGGUCGGUUUACUGAAGAAGCAACUUCGUCUAAUUUUGAAACUGUUGCUAUCGAAGACGCGUUACUGUCGAAUUCAUUUGAUGCUAUCAAUAUUGAGAAAACAUCAACCUUGGUGAGCUCUUAUGAAAUGUCCGAUAUUAAUAACGUUUCGGCAGAGACUAGUAAGUCUACAGUGAGCAAUGUUGAGAAAACAUCGAUAUUAAUUAACCCUUUUAAUAGACCCGAAGUUAUUUCAACUGAAACUCACAUAUCUAGAAAUGUUGAUAUACAGAGAAUCUCUUGCGAAGUGUCUGAUGUUGGUGUAAUUUCGGCUGGAACUAGCAAAUGUGUGGAAAUUAAUGACGAGAUUCCGACAAUAUUGAUCAGCCUUUACGGAGCAUCUCAAUCUUGUCGUGUUACAGCUGGAACCAGUAACAGUAGCGCAAGCAAUGUUGAGAAAACAUCGACCGUGAGUAGCUCUUACGAAGUAGAUGUUUGUGAUAUCUCAGUUGAGACUCGCAGCUGUACAGCAAGAUUGUAUGAAUAUAUCGAUAGUAACAGUGAUGAUUCAGACGAUAGUGACGACACAGCAACGUGUGACAACACUCCAGUACAAUUUUUGACCAGUAUCGUUUCCCCUGAGGAUCAUUCUGUUUGCGACAGCUACGACCUGCAGUAUGACUCUUUUAUAGACAUGGGCAAAUUUUAA